UAAUCUAACGCAGAGACCACACAGCUCGCCGGCUUCAUGAAAUAUAUAAACAUUUUAUUUAUCCUGUACACGAGGUGAGGUUUGCCAAAAACCACGUUACUAUGCAAUCCCCCGUUCGCAAACAAUAGAACAACAGAAUGCGUAAUGAAGAGAGGAGGGGUCUCCGCGCGUAAAUGCGCAGCCGAGCGUGAAAGCGCAGCAUGCAACAGGACUCCGAGAGCAGAAAACACACUCCAAAUAACAUGCAAACGCAGGAGGAUUCUUUCACACUUUCGGUGAACGGAUAAACACUUGAAAUGCGUAACCGGAUAGCAGCAGAUUGAACUGAUCACAUGGAUAACCGCUGAACUUUCCCUCUGAAAAGCCUCAUGUUAUGCGUUCACCUCGCAUUUCAAUCGAAGUGCACCAGAUCGAUGCAAGCAUGCACCUAAUCUGAGUUUGCAGCAGAAAUGGAGAGCCGCAUCGUUCCCGUGGCAUUUCUCUCGUUUGUGAUGAUGCUGGAGGCGCAGAUGGUUUGCUGGCAGGCGCUGAUGCGAUGUCACGAAGAACGCGACUGCGAGCUCGCCUACAGCCAGUACCUGAGCGCGUGCGACGGCAACAUCCACCUGUGUCCGAGCCACUGCAUCAGCGCGCUCAUCCGCCUCAACCAGACCGCAAACGGCCCGUUUCUAGAGACCUGCGACUGCGGCAGCGACCCGGAGUGCCUGCGGGCCAAACGAGCCGUCGAGCCCUGCGUGCCGCGGACGCAUCCGGGUGAUGCCGAUGGGAUCGGUUGCACCGAAGCGCGCCAGCGAUGUGAAGACGAGCCCAGCUGUCAGUCAUCCCUCACCGCAUAUCUAUCCCACUGCGGACAGCUGUUCAACGGGAGGAAGUGUUCGUCUCGGUGCAGAGCCACCAUCGAGGAGCUGCUGUUCAUGCCGAACGGCGAGCUGCUGAACCAAUGCGUGUGUGACGGGCUGGAGAGGCCGUUUUGUGAGGCGGUCAAACAGAAUAUGGUCAGACUGUGUUCGAUAGGAGACAACAGCGUCUCCAUUGACCACGACGGGACGGACGAUGCAUACGAGGACGAGGAUUACGAGGUCAAACCGGAGAGCGAGGGGACCGAUGCUGAUGCAGUGCUGUCGGUGACUCGUUCUCAACAGACAGUCCUGCUGUGCGUUGCAUUCGCGCUGGCGUUCACACUUUAAAGUGCCACACACAAGUGCUCAGUGCCACUUGUUGAAGUGUCUCGAGACAAACAGUAGGCACAUAAAGGAGCCGGUUUUGGGAUCAAGUGCUUCAUUAAUGUGAAGACGCCCUCAGAAGCUGUUAAACACUCUCUUUGUCUCUCACGCUUGAGUUUCAUUGGUUUGUCCUCUUCCUCUGAACGAUCAGGUGACAGCAUGCACGCAUCACCAUCAUCUCUAUUGUUCAUGUAUGCUGGAAAUCAACACCAAGUGCCUGACGACUGUCUGUAUUUUAGUGGAGCUUGAAACUGUUUUCUUCAUACAAGUUUCUUCAUAACAACCUGUCGUUAUCACUUUAAAACCUUUAUAUCUAAUGCAUUAUUAAUGUACUUUUAACAUUCUUGUAAUGCACUCUUGAAUAAUUGUAACCACAGUUACAAUGCAUUAGAAUACAUUGU